AAUACUACGCUCGCAUCACGAAAUACCAACCAUCUCCGCGCGACCCCUUACCUCGACGACGUCGAUUCUUUCUAUUCUCGGCCUUUUCCUCGCCAGCUGGUUUCGCUCCAAUUGUUCGCGAUCGCGCACAACGACGGGGGUGUACGUUGUGUCGAGUAUAAGGUCGUCGGCUUUUUCGCGACUCUUCUUUGUGCGCGCAGCACGGUUUAUUUUCAGACUUAUUCAGCACGUGUGCGCUUGUAUACGUGUGUGUGCAUGUAUCGAGCGCGCGCGCGUGCGGCCAGCGGAAAAUCUGUCAGUGCGAAAACUGCCCAGCACGUUUUUUUUUUCGACUGCACAAGAUUUGCGCGGCCGAUUAUUCAAUGUGUCGAUGGACUAUUUUAUAUUACUGAGCGCUGAUAGAAAGCAGAAGAAGCCAUGGAUUUGACGAGAACGAUAUCGCAUCUGGCAGAGGCAAAUCAGCAGCUUGCGGCCGCGCACAAUUUCACCCUUAGUCAGCUGCACUUGCUGCUGUCGAGUGGCGAGAGGCCAACGUCGGCAACGAGGGAAUUGUGCUCGAAAUGUCGAGCCACCAAUAGCAAAACCACAAGCAAAGUACGAGCCUACACCGCCAGGCAAAACGUUACGGUAAAGGCACCGAACAGACGAGUACGACAAUUGAGAAAAACAUUGGCGAUCGAUGAGACUGACGAGGUAGAUCGCGUAGCGAUAAACGACGACGUACUUAAGCGAGAGAUCGAGCAGCUUAAAGCCGACGCAACGAAAAAGAGCAGCGACUUGGAGGAACAAAGGCUCCUGGUACGACGUCUCACCGAGGAUUUCAAGGUGUCGCAGAAAGAAUGCGAGAAGAAAGAAACACACCUGCGACAAGUGUCCCAACAGCUGAGCGAGUCCGAGCUUGAAAGCGCGCGUCUUCUUGCCGAACUGGAGACAUUCCAACGAGAUGCUGGGCAAAUAGCGAGGCUGGAGUCAAGGGUUGCCGAGCAAGACGAGGAAAAGAAGAAACAUCUGAGCGUCAUUGAAGAGGCUAAUCGGCAGAUCAAAGCUCUAGAGUUGGAGAUUGAAGCGCAUAGCCAGAAUGCGAAGCAAGCGAUGGAAGCGGCAAGCGACUCGCCAGACUCCGAGGCCUCGACGUCGAGCGCUACUGGUGUGAGCGAGGAGUUCAAAAAGGAGCUGCUACUGAAGCGAGAAGCACGGCAGCGCGCGAUCGCCGCCAUUUCGUCGGAGAUGGAGCGCCUGAGGCGCGAACUCGAAGCCGAGAGAAGUGCGCACUUGGAGACUGCCAGGCAACUGCUGGAAGCGCAAACCACGAAGACUGACCGGAUGAGCUCGGAGACAAAGACCGAGAGCGAGAGUUGCGAGCGCGUCGAAGCUCUGAGGCUCUCGGCGUUGCUUAAAAUUUCCGACGAGAUCACCAGCGAUCUCUGGUUGCAGCUGGAAAGAACCGAUGACUUGAGAUUCCAGUUGGAGAACGAUCCCGACGAGCACAGGCUGCGCAUCGGCUCGUUGAGGAGACUGUCGGAAGACAUGCGAGUGAAACUGAAGCUGAGAAGGCAGCAGGUGAACGCCUUGAAGGACAGACUGGCCCAGAUCGUGGUGCAUUCAGCUGACCGCGCUUUCCUCGACGUCAACGACAAUAUUAGAGAGGAGGUCGAGAGACAAGCCGAAGAUAUCGCCCGCUCGAGAACGUUGUCCGACGAAAGGUCGAGGAUUUUGGCCGAGCUCAAGGAUCACUGCUUCAAGGAGAUACACGAGCUCAGAGUCAAACUGGACAACGCGAGAAGGGAGAAUACCCGUUUGGAGGAGGAAUUGCAUAAAACUGAAGAUAAGUUAGACGCCCAAGAUGCUGAGGUACUGAACCUCGAGUCUCAAUUGGGCCUUGCCAAGGCCGACUGCCGUGACCUGCAGAAUCAAAUGACGCUAAUCAACAACCUCUUCACCCAGAUGCUUCUCAGUGCCUCUUCGGCCGAAAUGGAUCUCGAUCGGCUAACUCGAUUGUUGCAGGAAAAUCACGAUCUGAUCAGCGGCAUGGCCAAAGAGAAUUGCUCGGAAGCGGCGGCUUUGCCAAAACUGCUCAUUGACAUAAUCGAACAGGUGGACGGCAGAAAUCGCGAGACUGCCGACAAGAGGGCUGACGAUGUUCAAGAGGAGAGCAUUGCACACAAUUUGCCAAAGGUGUGGCGCGUGUUAACCGAGCUGCUAAGCUGCCACGCGGCCGUCGAUCAGCAGCAGCAGCAGCAGCAGCAGCAACAACAGCAGCAGCAGCCAAAUCAACAGAGUGCUUCCGCGAGCACGGACACAGCACCGGACAGCUGCUACAAGUCUGUCGACACGCCGACUGGCCCGCGACUAGUGAUAUCCGUGAGCAAGACCUACAUCCGGCUCAAGGAGCUUAUCCUGGAGAAGAAGCACCUCGAGAAGGAAAUGAACCGCAUGAAGCAGCUCAACUCGCACCUCGAGAAUAAGCUGUCCGAGCAGGAGAAGAGGCUGUCGACGGUGUCGGACGAGCUGAGCAAGACGUGGAACAUUGUAGGCCGCAUGCAAGCCCAACAUCAGCAGCUGCAUACUCACGAGAAGAUAUUACGAUAUGAACUUCAGCAGAAGAGAAAGAUGCUGCAAGAGUUGAAAAAAGAAUUGGAGUAUUGCAAGGAGAAGUGGGAAUCCGCGAGGCAAAAGAAUAAUAACACGGAAAUGGAGUGGAGAAGUCUUAGGAGGGAAUUCGCUGCGAGAAAAGCCUUGGUCACGCAUGCUGAUUCGUUCAAUAAUAGCGCAGAGAGCGGAUUUAGCGACGACAGAGAAGAGGAGUCCGACGAAGACGAGGAUGCGAGAGUGCGUCCUUCCACUUCACGAAGGCGAUCAAAAAAAAGUGGCUCGAGAGCGGCAACGCCAGAGACGGAAUCCGAACUGCCAACGGACAACGAAUGCUCGGACCCCAAAUCAUCGACGUCGGCUUCAGGACAAAGAACACCGACGCCAGAAACUGAAGCUGAAUUGGACAAUGCAGAAAUGAUCGAGGAGGAUCCUAGGCCAUCCACCUCAUUACUUCAAGAAUCCCAAAAUGAGGAGGAAAUAGUCGACCCCCUUGAAAAAGCUUUAGCGAAUGUUCUCCAGGAUCUCAUCAGUUCGAACGAGUUGAAUUGUGGAGAGGAAAGUUGCUUAAAUUUCGAAGAUGAAAGCAAUCGAGUUCAAUCGAUCUUGGAAGAUGACAAAAAAUUAGAAGACAUGAUUUCAAGUAAUAACGUGGAGGCUGCUUUAGAAAAUGUUAAAAGCGUGAUCAUAAAUGAAAUUCCCAAAAUUGAGUCUUCUUUGGGAAAGAUCGAUGGAGCGGUGGGGAGAAUAAAGUGCCUCGAUACGAUCAAAGAAGAAAUGGAAAGUGAUAUUGCAAAGACCGAGCCGGAAGUAGUUCCAGUCGUGUCUGUAUUUUCAAUCGGUCCGCAUCCUCCGGAGCCAACGCUAAUCCAAAACGUGCAAUCCAACGAUGCACCCGACGACCAGGCUUCUUGCGUAAGCUCGAAAACUUGCGAGGAAAGAUCCGACAGUUUAGCGAAUAACCUGAAAACCGAACCACAAGCAUUGUCAUCGUCAUCAUUUAGCUCGGCGGCAACGGCAGCAAAAUCGCAGAUCGACGCACGCGCAGCUCGAUUACGAAGCCUGGAGGAACAAGCAGAAUGGCUUAUAAAAAAAGUCAACGACACGAAGCGCCGUGGCAACGCUCUGAAUUCCAGACUCGAAGAGCUGCACGAGAAUUACGGCUCGGUGCCCGUUGCGCCGCCAAUGCCUGACGUGUUACCCACUUUUCGUAUUCGUGGCGCGGAUGGCGAAUUGUACGAUGAACCACUGCCGAAUGAUAAGAGCACCAAUGGUACGCCUUAAUUUUUCAGAAUCAACGAUCGAAUGAUGGAUCUGACUUUGUGCCAAAGAUAGGGGCCGACAUAUAAGGAGGACGAUGAAGUGUUAAACGACCCAUGAUCGCAAGUAUUAAACGGGAAGAUCUGCUAUUUUAUGAAUCUUUUGUUUGUACUUUUUAACGAAGAAAAUUGAGAUGCGAUUGCUUUACUUUUCUAAACGUUUCUUUGUGAACGCGUUUAAUUGAUGUUGUAAUUGUGAAUGAUAAUCUUUGUAAAAUUGACAUUUGCAAGUAAAUAAACGAAAAUCCACAUGUAAGCUAAUUCUUUUUUAUUG